AUGAGUAAGCUUAGAGACCGACUAGAGAGAUCUCUAGUAGAAAACCACGAAACGAAAUGGUAUUUGCCUGAACCUCGUCUGAACGCUAUACUCGAUGAGAAAACCAUCUCGGAUGUUAUUAAGUCCAAGAUCAUGCCUCAAUACCAGGAUGAAGUUCGCAAGGCAGUGCUAGCCGGGGGGAAGAAGAUAUUUGCUAUACUCAUCAUGAUAGGAAAGGAACAGGACAUUGUUCGUUUUAUCCAGAAUGAUCAUAUGCAGGAUCAGCCACUCGACGCCAAGCUUCCGUUUAACAAAGAUAAUCUCGUUCAUAUACUUGGCGAGACCAAUGGAAACCUAUUUCACCGCAAACAAUGGAGCGUGUUGGCCCCGCGCAUCCGAGGCGACGCAUCCCACCGAGAUUUCGACCUAGGGACUAUUCUUCCUAUCACCGAGAAUAAGAAGAUAGGAUCCGGAGGCUUCAGCACUGUUUACGAAAUUAAACUGAAUCCAGAGCACCAUGGAGAUCCUCUAUCUCUUCUCCUGCCAGUGGUAAUUCCCCGUCAAUCCCCCCACCUAUAUGUAGUAUAUAAAACUCACAUAUUGCAGGACUUAACUUUGAUCCGAAAAAAGUUAGAUCAUCCAUCUGGUAAACGCGAUAUGGAAAGCCUCGCGUCUGAAAUCCACAUACUAUCGCAGCUUCGUCUUGUGAAGCACCCCAGCAUAGUCAGACUUAUAACGUCCUACGUCUACCGAGGAACUUACAAUCUGAUCUUUGAGCGUGCCGAGUGCGAUCUCGAGGCCUUACUUCGUUCACCCAGUCGUACUGUUGCUCUAGCAACUGAUGACAGCUUCUAUCAAGCACUACAGGGUCUAUGCUCUGCUGUGGCAAGUUUCCACCAUGUGACAAGUGUUGAGUACGGGUUGGAGUUGAAAGGCUAUCAUCACGAUCUCAAGCCGCAGAACAUCCUCGUCCACGGCACGCGGUUUCUACUCUCCGAUUUUGGUCUUUCAUCAUUGAAGUCUAUGUCUGCCAACUCUAAGACACUUUCGAGAGACGUACAGGGAUUCUAUAUUCCACCCGAGUCGGGUGUCAUCUACGACGGCUUCGAGCGCAAGAAAGUCGGACAACCUAGUGACAUCUGGGCGCUGGGAUGCAUACUCGCUGUAGUUGUGACGUACAUGGUGAAAGGCUCUGAGGGUGUUGCCCAGUUUGAGCAGAAACGCAAGCAUACGCUCUACACCUGGACGACAUACACCUUCCAUCACGCUGGGGAAAAGAAUCCCGCCGUCUACGAAUGGUUGGAAGAGAUAGGAAUCAAUUCUACUCCCGAGGCUCGUGGGCUGAUCUCACUCGUACGCGACAUAUUGCAACUUGACCCAAAUCAGCGGCCUAGCGCCAAAGACAUAUCUUCGAGGAUGGACUUCAUAGCAGCAAAGUCUCGCUUCGGCGUUCUAAGCAUAAAAUUUGCGGAACUCGAGAAAAAAGCAAAAGAUAGCGUGGUCUCGGAUGGGUUUAAGCGUUUCACCCUCUUCGGCGAAGCGAUCGGCUUCAACAAGAAUAAUCUCGCAUGGACUGACUUGCCACUCACUGCCAAACAGGGUAACACUUAUGACUUGCUUCAGGGGCAUCUUAUCGGGCUAGAAACCUAUUUGGAUUAUGAUAUGAAAGCAGUGCGAUCCAGCACUUUACCACGAGGUGUUCGGGAUGGCAUACACGAAUCCUUAGAUAGUCUAGAUUCAUUGCUGUCAGGUACACGCAAGUAG